GAGUUUUAUGUGGAUGAAAAUAACAUAGAUGACAAGGAAGUUAGGAUUAGAAAUAAUCCCGGAAGUGAAUUGGCAAGAACAAGAAGUAGUCUAGAAAAGCGCGUAUCCAAUAAAAUAAUAAGCUACGUUCUUGUUUUUAUUAUGCAGGUUGAUUCCGCGUGGAUAUACGUUGUCUGCGUCAUAGGUAUUCAUUUUGGUGGAGUAGGUAACGCUAUCCAAUAUAUAGUUAACGAAGGUUGGCAUCCUCGUAAUGUCGAUCCAAACGUGAGCUGGUCCUUUGUAGAGUCACCAUCUCGUUUUGUCAAACGUCUUUAUCCUAAUUCUCAAAACAUGCACGCUCCAUCAUCCAUUUCUUCACUUCCAUCAUCUUCACGUCCACCAUCUUCAUCAACCGUUUCAAUCUCGCAUAAAACUUUUGAUAAGCAUGGAACAACUAAUUCUAUAGGCAGUGAUGUUUUGAGCAAUACAAUUAGUAGCAAUAAUAGUGUAAAGGAUUUGAACAAUAACCCUUAUAAUAUUGAAAUUAACAUUGAUAUUAAUAAUUUUGUGACAGAAAGUGAAAUGGCAUUAAGUAAAGUGAAGAUUAAAGAAAAAUAUGGAGAUGAUAUUGAUUUGGAUUAUAUGCUUAGUCUAGUUAAUGCUGCACGUAGUGAUAAUGGUGUAGAACCUCCACUUCAACUAAAUAGUCUCCUUGUUGGUACAGCUCAAUAUCAUUCCGAAUGGAUGGACGAAAAUAACGAUUUAAGUCAUGAUGACGAUGAAGGCGAUUUUGCAACCAGGAUUUCUAAUACUGGUUAUGAUUGGAAUUUUCUUGGUGAAAAUAUAGCUGAAGGAUAUACCGAUGAGGAUUCGGUUAUGGAUGGGUGGAUGAAUUCUGAGCCUCAUAGAGAAAACAUUUUAAGUCCUGAUUUUAGGGAUUUUGGUGCUGGACGUUCUGGUAAUUAUUGGACCCAAGAUUUUGGUUGUACAUUUGAAGAAAGUGAUUCCUGA